AGAAUUGCGAAAACAGGAACAGUGAUUGCCAUGCAGUGAUCGGUGACUCGACGCACUUAACGCAAUGAGUGUACAGAAAAGGUUGGUUAUGGCCAAUCUCUUUCAUCAGAAAGGGACCGAAUGAGCUGCAUUAGCUCCUGCUCUUGUUCAUUAGACUCAGGAAGCACUCAGUACCGUCGUCCAGGGCUGAAGUGAUACGACUGAGUGGCAGUGUUUCGAAUUAUUAACAUAGCUCGGAGACUUCGCCUCGGAUGUGAACACUCACUCAUCAAGCCUCCACAGCAUAAAUACCAUCGAGUCCGGUGUUAAACGGCCUGCAGCGCUGCCCGAGUCCUCCGCUACAUGGUGGUCGCGGGAGAACAUGACCGUACUUAAAGGAGCGCCGCGUGAUGUCGUCCAGCAGCGCUAAGUCUGUGAGGUCUGACAUCAUCAGCGCCAUCAGCCGGGACGACCCCCGCUUGCGAGCCCUGGGGGCAGGCGUCUCGCAGCACCACGCCCCCCUCGGCCACACACGCCUGCUGGAUGACGCCUCCCACCAGCUCAACGGCCGCGUCAGUAUGUCAGGGACCUCUCUGUUGAGGAACCCCAGCCAGACUUACUUCAGGAAAGAGGUUCUUCCCUCGUCGUCGGAGCUGGGCCCAGAGGACAGCCUCCACACACCGCUUCAAGAGUCCAAGACUGAGCUCGUCUCUGUGCAGGACAACACCGGCCUGCAGAAUACAGAAACAGUUGCUGCGGGAUGCUCUCAAGACACCAGCCCGGAGAAGAGUCAAGAAGAGCCUCCAGUGAGCGGUGAAGACAGAGCCUCUGAGAAGAAUUAUGGAAGCAACAGUGAAGGCAGAGGCUUUGAGAAGAAUGAUGCAGGCAAGAGUGACAGCGGCUCCCUGGAUACAGAAUCCAGUGUAAGCCUCCAGACUCAGCCCGUUGAGCCGUGUUCACCGCCGGGGAGCCCCGAGGAACGGGACAUGACCCCUGGGGCUGAUGCCCCGUCGCCCACACCCAACCUGCAAGGGGUUCAGACCCUCCAGGGCACCACCAGCAACAUAGACGUGGAGCUGGAAUUUUUCGUGGACAGAGGCAAGACAUCACCUGCCAACGAGCCUGAGGGAACGCCCGCAUCCCCAGCAGAGGAGAGGAGAAACAAGGGCGAGGUUGAUGCCCCUCUGGCCUCCUCGGAAAAUGAGGAGCCGCGAGUGAGGAGACGAAGGUCGCUGGAGGCACCUCAGCACGCCCUGAAGCCAAGCGAGGCUCAGGAGAGGCCCUCCAUGCUGCGUUCAGGGCCUGGCGGGAGGGCACGCUCUUCGUCCGUAGGCCACAAGGUGAGGUUCACCGGCCAGUGCAGCUUCGGCGAGGCUAACGACGAUCCGGACCUCGCUCAGGACGACUCCCGCGCCGCGCGCAGACACGGCCGCCGCUCCAGGAGGAAGGGCAUGCACCGAUCAGCCAGUGUGUCGGGAAUGGAGGACGAGAAGGAAGAAGCGACCAGUACGCGGCGGGAGUACCACCUGCUGCUGCGGGAGAUCCAGUCCCUGAUGGCGGAGGUGCAACGGCAGAGGAGCGACUUUCGCACCGAGCUGCGUUCCCUCACCUCCACCAUCAUCCGCCGCCACAACUCCACGACCUCGCCCUUGUCCGCCAGGCCCUGCGUGUGCUCCGCCAACCCCCGCAAGACCUCCCGCCUCCCCCUCAUGAUGUCGGAUCAGGAGGCAACCAAAGAUGUGAAGAAGGGAGAGGAGAAGGCGAAAGAGGCGCCGAAGGAGGAGAAGAAGGAGGAGAAGAAGGAGGAGGAGGGAAGGGCAAGCAGCAGGGCGUCAGCAGGAACCAGCACGCCAGAACCAAAGCCUGAGGAGAACGGCGAAGAAGACGCGCCCAAGCCCCUGACGCUACGAGAACAGUUCCGCAACUUCAGCAAAUUCGGCGACAUUAAGAGUGACGGGAAGAUGAUGACACUCUCACAGUCCGACAAAUGGUUCAAGCAGGCGAAGGUGAUCGACGGGAAGACGAUCUCCACCACAGACACCGCCAUCACCUUCAACAAGUUCAAGACCAAGAAGAUCACGUUCACGGAGUUCGAGAAGUACUUGGACGAGAUCGCGAAGUCGAAGAAGGUUGACGCCGAGGCGAUCAAAACGAAGCUACAAGAGUGUGGGGCACCGGGAACCACUGGCACCACGAGGUCCGUCAAGAGCAGCGCUGUCGACCGCCUCACAGACACCAAGAAGUUCACGGGUUCGCACAAACUUCGCUUUGACUCAACAGGGCGUGGCAAAGGCAUUGCCGGUCGCAAGGACGUACCCGAUGCCUCUGGCUACGUGACGGGCUACAAGAACAAGAACACGUACCCGCAGAAAGAAGAAAAAACAAACUAGGUUAGUGAUGGAUUUGAAUAUUAGUGUUUAGCAGAAAAGUAUCAUUAUUACGACUGAAGAUCAAUAUAGCCAUCAUUUAAGAAUCACUGAAAACAUUUAUUGUAUUGCCAAUAGGUAUUUCUUAACUUUUUUUAUGCUUUGCUAACACUGAACACAUGUACAAUAGAGUAUAAAAGCAUUACCAGUAAAUGUCUAUGAUGAAUAUACAAGAGUGGACCAUCACUUUUUAUAUAAAGAUGGCUGAUGGGACUUGGCUUACCUGUCUGCCCAUAAUUAAAGCUACCUGACUACUGGGAUGCCACAUUUUCUUUUUCAAGGUUAUACUUAUAGCACACGUAGUAGUUAAUUAGUACUCUCCAAAAUGAACAUUGUAAAAUCUAUAUUGAUGCCUAAUUACAGUUGAAGAAUGUGAAAACUGUUCUGCGAAAUGUGGCGUGUACUGUACUCUCUAGGCCUGUAAUUAGUACUACUUCCUGACGCUUCAGUGUUCAUAUUAGACGUCUUUGUAUGCGUACAGUGUCCCGUCUACACCAUGCACAAAAACUUCUGCCCGCAUAGUUUAUUACCUGUUAUGUGUGGCUUCUAUACAGAGAGAGAGAGAGAGAGAGAGAGAGAGAGAGAGAGAGAGUUUUACCAAAUAUUAUUUUUCCAUUGAAUAUUGUAACUGAUCUGUGCUUAAGUUGAACAUAUUACAAAUUUAUGGAUGGAUGAUGUGACUCUGGAGCCGAAUUAAGAGUUGUAGGGUUUCUGUGGCUUAGCAUUUCAUGGAGGCCCCAGCAGCACAUGCGGCAUCAUGAGGCAACAACCAUUUCAGUCUGUCAAAAAUAAUUAAUGACUGGCUUGGCCCAUGAUGAUGCUCCAUUUUCUUAGGCUGUUUUGACAAACUCUUGACGGCAAGUACUAUUGUUCUUGGCAGUGAAAUAGGGUACAGGAUUAACUCUCUUGUGGGGCCCCCAGGGUGCAUAUUCAUUAAACCUUUUUGCUCCAUUUAGUGACCUAAGGCCACCUACGAUAUUUACUCUUUGGAACUCAUAACCCUCAUGAGCCAAAGCAGAGAAGCUACAACGGUGUCAGGGUCUGUAUUUGCAGAGCCUCUUUGCUAUUUUUAACCACACAUAUGUAGUGACUCACGUGUCACUAAGAAUGAAACCCUCGUGAGUCGCAGUGUUGUUAAGAUCAGCAAUGAGGCUUCAUGAAUACAGACCCUGGCAGCAUCAUACCCUCUUUGCUGUAACUCAUAAGCCUUGUGAGCCGCUAUUAGUUAUUAAAAGUAGCAAAGAAACUUCAUGAAUAAUGCCCAGGACCAUAGCCACAGUAGCCCCCUCCUCUCUUAAAACCAGCCUUGUGUGACUGUGGAAUGCUUGUGUUUGUCUGACCUUCCUAAACAUGUGUGUGCAUCCACGUAAGACCUUCUGCGCCUUAGCUUGUCUUCACAUGGUCUUCUGUGUCAAGUUUUGUCAUAUCUAUUUUAAAUAAAGUCAGUCACAAAAUAUGAAUGUGAUAUAUCUAUACAUAUAUAUUUGAUCUCAUUUUAGGGGACACUGGAUCCUCUUAUGUAUGUUGUCUUGCGUCUUGAGCAGCACUGCUAAUAUGAGUGCCAGAUAUACUUGUGUAAAAGUCCGUCGCACAAAGAAGUUGACCCCAAGGCAAUGAUAAGUGAAGAAUAUAUUUAAGCCACUGGAAAAGUAAUCUCCAUGUAAGUCAACCCACUAAAUUAGGCCCUCAAAUAAUCUGAAAAAAACAAAAACAACUUUUACACGGGUUAUGAAGUUCUCUUCUGACGGCAAUACAUCAAUAAAUAAAUAAAUCAUCAAAUGCACACAUUAUUUUGUUCAUUAUCAUCAAAUUAAGAAAACUUAUAUGACCACAAAAUAGCAAGUCAAGUCAAGGGCAAGGCAGAGGAAACACCAAUGCAUUAUCUUAGAUUGCCUUCAUUUGUACAGUGAGACACUCCAUAUUUAUUUAAACAACAUUGUACAAUUGCAAAUCUCAUUUUAAGCAGCACAGUUGGCAAUGCUACCACAGAUGUACAACAUAUGUAAUAUCUUGAUUCUUCUCUUUUCUUAUCUCACUCAAGUAGAAAAGUUUCCUUUCCUGAAUUUUCAACAGAGCACAGUGGCUGCAUAUUAAUGUAUAAGAGUUUACCGUAUAAACUUGUGUAUGAGUCAGUCUUAUGUAGAAGUUAUUAUACACUUAUCUGAGGAAUAAAUUUCGCCCCUGUAAAAAAAUAAAUCUAACACCCAUGUACAAGUUCAGCUCCUAAACUUGGUCUUUAAAAAUUGUUUGAAAAUAACUGACUUAUACAGAAGUUUAUACAGUAACAUAGUUUCACACAGCCAUAAAAAGCAGAUUUAAUAUCUUUCCACAAAAAGAUGGUUGUGUUCCAUUUGCUCUUGAAGCUGUUCUGUUAAUUGCUUGAUGGGCUGUGUAGCUGCCAUGCCGUUGGCUGCACAAUGAAAACAACAGCUGCUCUGUUUCAUAUUUUUGCACGUAGUCCGCUCAGCCAACGGAUGUCAGUUACUGAUGUUACGUUCGUGUCAAAAUGAUUACAAAGGAAAUAGUAUUUAUACAUUUAUCACCGAAAUGUAAAAUAAAUAUUACUACUACUGCUA